GAAAAAAGUAAAGGAGCCGGACUUCGGACCGAUUGUUUCGAGCAUGAAUGAUACUCGGGUGAGCGGUCGAAUUGUGUGUCGCGUUGUGUGUCGCGCAAGCGUCAGCAGUACGGGCUGUUGGCUGCUGUGGCUGCUUUGGGGCUGAUUAGUUGAGGUUCCCGGCGCCCUACACGUUAGUACCCAUACCAGUACCAACGCGCCUAGCAGCUAUGGAAGUUUAGUGCCUCGGUACAGCGGCGCUGCGACGAACCGACGACCUCGUCCGUCUCGCUGUCACCUCCAACUUCACUCUCACUCACGCAACCCCCUCUCAUCUCACAACCUCAACAUCACGACCGAGACACGGCACUUUUUCUUUUUUUCUUUUUCCACACACGACCCGUAAUCACCACCACAGCCGGGCAUCAUGGCCGACAAUAGCAGCAGCAGCAAGCCCCUCUUCAGCAUCCCCAUCCCCGCGCUCGGCGCGCACCCCGGCGGCGCCAUCACGGCGACGCAGCCCUCGCCGAGCGUCUACCUCCUCACCUGGGUCUCGCCGCCCGACAACCGCCUCACGACGCCCUUUUUACGCGCCCUGCUCGCGGCCCUCGACGUCAUCGAGUUUGGCGGCUACGCGCCCGGCGUCGUCAUCACCACCAGCGGCAUCCCCAAGUUCUACUCCAACGGCCUCGACCUCGAGCACGCAUUCGCCACCGAGGGCUUCUGGACGCUCUUUUACGAUGUCUGGCGCCGCUUCCUGACCUUCCCCAUGCCCACCAUCGCCCUCCUCAACGGCCACACAUACGCCGGCGGCCUCAUGCUCUCCCUCGCGCACGACUACCGCCUCGCCCCCGCCCCCCGGGGCUUCCUGUGCCUCAACGAGCUCCUCUUCGGCGCGCCCCUCAAGCCCGCCAUGGCGGCCAUCGUCCGGCACAAGCUCACCCCGCAGGCCUACCGCACCGUCGCCCUCGAGGCCCGCCGCUUCAGCGGCCCGCAGGCCGUCGACAUAGGACUCGCCGACGCGGUCGUCGCCUCCGGCGGUGGUGAGGACGGCGUCGCCGAGGCGCUGGCGUUCAUCGCUGAGCGCGAGCUCCUCGAAAAGCCCAAGAGGGGCGUGUACGGCACCAUCAAGGCGGAAAUGUACAAGGGGCUCAUCGGUGAGAUUGCCGGCGCGGGGCUCGUCGCCGGGGAGAAGCGCUUCGACGAGGAUCAGAAGCGCGAGGCGGACAGGAGGGAGUUUGGCAAGGUGUGGUACGAGCAGUGGGCCAAGGACAACAAGGCCAAGCUAUAGUAAGGGAACGGGGGAGGAUGGAGGGGAGGGGAGGGCAGGGAAGAGACCAAGGCGGAACGUGGAGAGGGAUCAUGGCCGUCCCGGCCCGCUUCCCUCCCAUGACUUUCCGCUUUGCCGGUCCUGGUGGCGUUUUUUGUUGAACCUGCCCGCAUGCACACGACGCAUCAUGUAAUCCUAUCCUAUCCUAUUCCCUCAUGUAUUGGCCCCGCGAUAUAUAUCUAGACAGCUCUACCAUAGACAAGGAUGUGUCCCAACGGGUGGAUGGGUGGGUGGCCGACCCGCUGGCUGCUCCCCGGCGCUAAUCAUCGCUGGUCGAGGACCGUGACCGACGAUGCAUUCUCCGGGCGCGACAAGC